AUGUCAUCCAUAUUAAAACAAAGAGUCAGGUAUGCUCCUUACUUGAAAAAGUUGAGAACUGGUCAAGAAUGUAUUGAAUUGUUCCAAAAUGGUCAAUACCUUGGUUGGUCUGGUUUCACUGGUGUUGGUGCACCAAAAGUUAUCCCAACUGUAUUGGCAGACCACGUUGAAAACAACAAAUUACAAGACAAAUUGGGUUUCCAUUUAUUUGUUGGUGCUAGUGCUGGUCCUGAAGAGAGUAGAUGGGCAAAUAACAAUAUGCUUUUAAGUAGAUCUCCUCAUCAAGUUGGUAAACCGAUUGCCGCUGCCAUUAAUGAUGGUAGAACUCAAUUCUUUGACAAGCACUUGUCGAUGUUUCCUCAAGAUUUAACUUAUGGGUUUUAUACCAAAGAUAAACCAAAUGGCUCUAAUUUGGACAUCACUAUUAUUGAGGCCACUGCUAUCAAAGAGGAUGGUUCCAUAGUUCCAGGUCCUGCUGUUGGUGCUUCACCAGAAAUGAUUUCUGUUUCUGAUAAAGUUAUUAUUGAAGUCAAUACCAAAACACCAUCUUUUGAAGGUAUUCAUGAUAUAGACAUGCCAGUUAAUCCACCUUUUAGACAACCAUACCCUCACACAUCGGCUGAUUACAAGAUUGGUCAAACUUCCAUUCCAGUUGAUCCUAGCAAAGUGGUUGCCAUUGUUGAAAGUACUUCUGGUGAUAAGGUCCCACCAAACACCGCCAGUGAUGAACAAUCAAAAGCCAUUGCUAAUCAUUUGGUUGAAUUUUUGGAACACGAGGUUAAACAAGGUAGAUUACCAGAGAAUUUGCACCCUUUGCAAUCAGGUAUUGGAAACAUUGCCAACGCAGUUGUUGAAGGUUUGGCUUCAUCGAAUUUCAAAAACUUGACGGUGUGGACUGAAGUGUUGCAAGAUUCAUUCCUCGAUUUCUUUGAAAGUGGCUCGUUAGAUUAUGCCACUGCCACUUCAAUCAGAUUAACUGAAGAAGGGUUUGAGAAAUUCUACUCUCAUUGGGAUACUUAUUCCAAAAAAUUGUGUCUUAGAUCACAAGCAGUAUCAAAUUCACCCGAAAUCAUUAGAAGAUUGGGAGUUAUCGCUAUGAAUACACCAGUUGAAGUUGACAUUUAUGGCCAUGCAAACUCUACAAACGUUAUGGGAUCAAGAAUGUUGAAUGGAUUGGGUGGUUCAGGUGAUUUCUUGAGAAAUGCCAAAUUAUCAAUCAUGCACACUCCAUCAGCCAGACCUUCUAAAAUUGACCCCACUGGUGUUUCAUGUAUUGUCCCUAUGGCACCCCACGUUGAUCAAACUGAACAUGAUUUAGACGUUAUUGUCACUGAACAAGGUUUGGCUGAUUUACGUGGAUUAUCACCAAAGGAAAGAGCUAGAGUUAUUAUUCAAAAAUGUGCUCAUCCUGAUUACAAAGAUCAAUUGCUGGAUUAUCUUGAUAGAGCCAUUUAUGAAUGUACAAAGAGAAAGACUCUACAUGAACCACAUUCAUUGAGAGAUGUGUUUAAGAUGCAUUUGAAUUUCCAAGAUAACGGAACCAUGAAGUUGGACUCUUGGUAG